AUGUCACUUGCAGUCCUACUGUCCUUAGACCACUCAAUUUGCGGUUGUAUUGGUAUCAGUAGCUUCCUCACGUAUCGAGAUGAUCUCAAGAGUGUUGUCAGCGACGAGGUUGACAGUGACAACCCUUUUUCGCAUCCCAGCGAGCCGCAGGACACGACUGUGGACGCGAGCGCCGUCAAGGCCCAGGAAUUGGAAAGAGACUUUUUGGAUCUUGACCCAUUAGACCGCCCUUCGCAAGAGAAGACAGCGUACCAGACUCCAAUCUUUCUUCGCUAUUGGAAGGCAGACGAGAAGGUACCAUGUGCGUUGGGAGAGCGUGCAGCACAAUCUUUGCAGAUGCAGGGUAUCAGGAUGAAUGGAAGUGCUAUGAAAACCAAGGUCACUGGUAAAAGAUCCCUGAUUAGAUAG